AUGCUCUACAACGUCCACAUCUGGUACCUUUACGGACCUGAUCAGGCAAUAUAUUGGUUCAGCGGCUUUUCGUUAGAAUGGAUGCUCUCCAUGGACAACCUUGUUGUAUUCAGCCUGAUCAUGACCACAUACCGGGUACCGCCAUCGUUGACUCGCAAGGCACUGUUCGUGGGAAUUGUGGGUUGUGUUCUGAUGAGGCUUGGCUUCUUCUUGAUCCUGGAAGAUGUGCUGAAGCAUGAGAAAAUCCUUCAGAUCGGCAUGGGCAUUGUGCUCAUGGCCAGUGGUGGCCAUGCCAUGUUUGAGGAGGACAAUGAAGGCGACAUUGUGGACACCUAUGUGGUGAGAGCUACAAAGGCUUGCCUCGGAAAUCGACUUGAGGAGCGCUACGACACAGAGAACCAUAGGCUUUUCGUGUAUCGAGACGGCAAGUACAAAGCCACCCUGUUGGUCUUUGUUAUCAUCCUCCUGGAGAUCACUGACUUGAUGUUUGCGCUCGACAGCGUUAGUGCAAAAAUUGCCGCAGUACCAAAUCAGUUUAUUGCCUACAGCUCCACUGUCAUGGCAGUCUUCUCACUUCGCGCGGCGUUUUUCAUUGUGCACGACCUUGUCCAGCAAGUCGAGGCAUUGAAGUACGGCGUGGCUUUCAUCGUGGCAUACAUUGGCGUCCAGUUGAUUCUCUCAACAUUUCGCUAUGUCCCUGAAUGGAGCACCUGUGCAGUAUCCAUGCUGGUCGUGCUAGCUUGCCUUCUCGCCAGAUGCUUGCAGGGCAGGCCCAAGUCCGAAGGACUACAAGAAAAGUCGAGGUGA